UAAUUUCCCACAAUAGUGAUAUGGAUGAAUAAACCCUAGGUUUUACGCCCAUCUCCUAUUGUGGAAUUGUGAGGAUACCCGAACCAACACCACCCUAAGCCAAAGUGUCGAGGUACCCGUGCCAAGGGCUGAAUGGUCAGCGGGGGGUAAUAAAUAGCUGAUCGCGAACGGUCCCCUCCGAUGCCCGGGCGAGGUCGGAGGUAUAAAUCGCCUUCUCUCCGUAUACCGGCUCUGCGGACGAGUGACCAACCCUUUCCGGCUUACUCGUGGGACCAAAACAUGAACGUAACCAAUAUAACAACAACAACAACUACAACAACAACCAUGACGACGACAACAGCAACGACUACGGACAUGAGUUACAGGAAUCCGAAGAGGACGAACUGCUUGCCUCCAGCCAGGAGACAAGUAAGAGUACUAACGGACGUACCAACCAAAGUACACCGGUAGAUACAGCAGACAAUACAUCAAAAUUAAGGGAGGAGGCGUCCACCUCCACGGCUGCCAUGAGCACCAACCAAAGUGCACUGGCGGCUAAAAGAGACAGCAAAAAGAAUCACAAGAAAUCCCAGAAUCAGCUGAGGAAAAACCGGUACCAGAGGGCGGUCUUCAUACUAGGGAAGAUAGCCAAAGACCAGGCAGCCGGUACCCCAGUUGAUGAGGCUGAAACAAAACGCCUCAAAUCUAUCGUAGAGGAAUAUGAAAGCUACCUGAAAAGGAAGCAAUCACAACCUCAAGAACAGAGCAAAAAAGAGAGCACUUCUCGGAAGAGAAAUCGCUCCACGACAGAAGUACCCGGAACUCAGCCCAAAAAACCGAGGAGGAGCGAAGGAGAACACAGCUGCACAACAACGGCAAGGCAUUUCUGCGAUGCAGCCAGAGAUAGCCUGCAGGUGGCCAUUAUAGAUGGGAAAUCCUCCUCUCCGAGCACUAUACGAGAGAGGUUUGUGGAGAUCGACGUCAGAUUGUCGAGUAUGGUGCUAAGCUAUGUACUCGACAAUCCGGCGGUUCCUCACCCGGAGUUUGACUCCUCUGAGACCCUCAGGGGCUACAGGGUCAUCAAGUGCGCGGACCAGGCCUCGCUGGAUUUCCUGACGGGUAGUGUUGCUAAAAUUAGCAACGCCUUUGAAGGCCUCCAAUUGAGGCUUAUACCCGCCAGCGAUAUUCCGAAGAGGCCUCGGGCUCGCAUUUGGCUACCCCCACUAGAGGAGCCAGGCGAAAAACUCCUGAGGUGCAUUAAGCUGCAGAACAAAUCUAUACCUGGUAUAGAUGAGUGGCAGCUUAUCAAGGAGGAAAAACCAAACAAAGCAAGCAAGCCAAUACUAGUGGCCAUUUGUGAUGAGUCCAUUGAGGCUCUGAAGAAGACUGACAACAAAAUCAGCUUCGGAAUACGCAAGGCCAGAUUAAAAAUCUUCCAAGGCGACAAAGCGGCUGACGAAGACGACACGGAAGAGGUCGACGACGCCAGCCAGUUGCUAAGGAAUGUGGGCACUGAAGAACCCCGGGAUGCCCAAUAAAAACAGCAUAAGAUGCGUACAGAUUAACCUGCAGCACUCGAAGAGUGCUACAGCGAAUCUGACAACCCUCGUGAACGAGGGGGGCAUCGACAUCAGCCUAAUACAGGAGCCCUGGUUCAAUGAGAAUUCCAUAAAAGGGCUAAACAGCAGCAAUUAUAACCUGUUUUACACGCGGAACAGAGGUAAACCUAGGGCAUGCAUUCUUAUCAAUAAAAGUAUAAAUGCAUUUCUUUGUCCUAAUUACAGCACAGCAGAUAUCACAGUGGUGAAGGUGGAACAGAAGGAAAAGCCCUUCUUCUUGGUCUCGGCCUACUUGGCCCAUGACGAAGACAUACCACCGGCGCCGCUCACCAGGCUAGUAGAGGAGAACAAGAAGGAUGAUGUCCUAAUAGGGUGUGAUGCAAAUGCAAGGCACACCGUAUGGGGUAGCUCCAGUAUAAACACCAGAGGUCAAAAACAACAACACCAGAGCAAUAUGGAAAAUUGACAGAUAUGAUGGAGAGUAAGCUAGAUGUAGCCAACGGUUUCCACCAGCGUCCUAAGGAAGAUGUGCAGGCUUUUUGGAAAAAG